CUCGUGCUAGAGUGAACGUGUUUUGUGGAGACGGCGCAGUUCCGACUCAGGUUCUGUUGUGUCAGGCUGUUUAUGUUAAUCGACCACUAUAAACUGGGAUUCCCAAUUUCAGCAGAUUGUUGAAAAGUUAGCAAUCAUAUUCAAUCAUAGUGAGGUGAAAGUGGGCUAAUCGUUGAAAUUGUUGGACAGGUAGACCAACAUGACGAAGGAAAUCGUCCUCACGGACAAGGAUAUCUACCCCAGUCAUCAGAUUCCCGGAGACAAUGAACUCGACUACCGAGAGCAGUUUCCCGAUCUGCGCCCGUUACUGCAACGUCACUUCCGUGGCUUUUGGACACGUGAAAAUGCCAUCCGACGACUGCCCUUUCUUCAAUGGGGUCCUCAGUAUAGUGGCAAAAAGUUGGCCUCGGAUGCAAUCGCCGGAAUCACGGUUGGACUAACAUCCAUUCCGCAGAGUAUCGCGUAUGCCGUGGUCGCGAAUCUGGAACCACAGUAUGGUCUGUAUUCGAAUUUUAUGGGAUCGUUUGGAUAUGCUAUCUUCGGUAGUGUGAAAGAUAUCACCAUCGCUCCUACUGCGAUCAUGGCGUUGAUGGUUCAACAGAAGGUUCUGGAGCUGGGACCAGCCGGAGCUAUAUUGUCAUCCUUUCUUUCCGGUUGCAUUAUUUUACUACUGGGUUUACUCAACUUUGGCUUCGUUGUCCAGUUCAUAUCAAUGCCGGUGAUUACAGGGUUCAUAACCGCAGCCGCUGUAACGAUAAUCAGCAGUCAGAUGAAGUCACUACUAGGUAUCUCAAGCCCAGGAAAAUCGAGCGAAUUCGUUGAUUCGUGGAGUAAUAUUUUCGAGAACGUUGGACAGACGAGACUUUGGGAUUCGUUGCUCGGAUUUAGUUCGUUAGCAAUUCUAAUAUGUCUUACGCUCAUCAAAGGUCGUGGUUCGGGUCGAUGGCGAACUUUUACCAAGUACCUCUGUCUACUGCGUAAUGCACUGAUUGUGAUAAGCGGUGGAACUCUCGCCUACGUUAUGGCUAGUCGGGACCAGUAUCCAUUUCGAUUGACAGGGAAAGUGGCGUCCGGGUUUCCACCACUGGAACCACCACCAUUUUCAACAUUCUUCAAUGGCGAGUACUAUGAUUUUCCACAGAUGGUAAGUCUGUUGGGUUCAUCGGUGAUCGCGAUUCCGUUGAUUUCGAUUUUGGAGUUGGUUUCGAUUGGUAAAGCGUUUUCCAAGGGUAUGCCGAUAGAUGCUACCCAGGAAAUGAUCGCUCUUGGACUAUGCAACAUUGCCGGUUCAUUCACAUCUUCGAUCCCGACCACGGCGUCAUUUGCUCGAACCGCCAUCAACAGCAGCAGCGGUGUCAAAACUCCAUUCGGGGGCGUGUUCACCGGACUAUUGGUCCUGUCAGCUCUGGGACUGUUGACACAAUACUUUUACUUCAUUCCGAAGGCGACAUUGGCGGCAGUCAUCAUAGCUGCUAUGGUGUUCAUGAUCGAGUAUCGUGCGGUGGCGGAGAUGUGGCGCAUCAAGCGGAUCGACAUCGUGCCGUUCCUGGUCACGGUGGUGGCAUGUCUUUUCACUGGACUAGAGUACGGCAUUUUAGUUGGGAUUGCGGUGAAUCUUUGCUUUUUAUUGUAUCUCAUAUCUAGACCGAGGAUCGAACAUCGGGUUCAGCAGUUCGGAACGACAACAGCUCUUUUGCUGCGUCCAACGAAUGAUCUAGCCUUCUCGUCGGCGGAGUACCUUCGGGAAAAGAUCAUCCGAAUGGCAGCCAAGUGCAGUGCGGACCUGGUGGUGAUCAACGGUGAACUGAUCAAAUACAUUGACUCUACGGUGGUGAAGAAUCUAUCCAGCACGAUAAAAGAUCUGAAGAUCCAAGGAAGGGAUGUGCUACUAUGGCGAUGGAAUCGAGAAGUACAGUAUUCGUUGUACAGGUAUCGUAAGGAUCAAUUUAUGCCACUCUUUCGAGCCGACGAAAGUGACAAGGAAAUGAUAAGGCGUUGGAAAUCCGGAACCACGGAUGAUGGGUUUGUGUGAAGUUGUAGGAUUUUAGGUAGAUUAUAUAAACAAAACUGUAGUUGCAGCAGAGAAGACGAAUAACGAUAAUAAAAAGUUAAGAUGAUUUUUAAGAUGAAA